AUGGCAUUAAAAGAUUUUGCUGAAGGAAAAUUUGUUUUAGUUGUUGAUAAUGAAGAACGUGAAAAUGAAGGUGAUUUAAUAAUCGCAGCUGAAAAAGUAACAGCUGAAAAAAUGGCAUUUAUGAUUAAAUAUACAAGUGGAUUAAUAUGUGUACCAACUUCACCUGAAAGAUUAGAUCAACUUGAAAUACCAUUGAUGGUACCCAAUAAUAAUACUGAAAAAUUAAAAACCGCAUAUACAAUAUCUGUUGACUAUAAACAUAGUUAA